AUGUCGCCCGCUAUACAGCAGCCCCAUGUCAUCGCGCAAUUCCGCCAACUGAUCUGGCAGGCCCUGGACACAGAGUCUUUGCCGACAGCCUUGUUUGUGGCCGAGCGGCUGUGUGCCUACGACCCCAAAAGCGCCGAUUCGGUACACCUACACGCAGUGUGUUUGUACAGGGACGGCCAGUACCAGGCUGCGCUGCACGUGGCGAAGAAUUGGUCAAAGCAUGUGGGGUGUGCUUAUGUUUACGCGCAGUGUUGUUUGAAGCUCGGUGGCGGGAAAGAGAGCGAAGGGGUUAGUGUGUUGGAGGGAUGUAGACGGCAAUGGACUGGGACUAGUUCAUGGAGUCAACAUUCAGACACGGAGAGAAGGGCAAUCCCAGAUGCUGCUUCAAUAACCUUAUUGAUUGGGAAGCUGUGGCACGCACUCGGUGAUAUAAAAAAGGCAGUGGAGGCAUAUGUAGUAGCUGUAAAGAUCAAUCCGUUUCUCUGGGAGGCAUUCAUUGGGCUGUGCGAAACUGGCGUAAACCUUCGAGUCAAUAAUAUUUUUAAACCGACAGCGGAGAUGCUGGAAUCGCUGAAACUUCCCUCAGCAAGUUCAUUAAGUGUUUCGGGCACGAUACCUGAAGAAAACGCUUCGGUAAACGGCCUACGAAACACCUCAGAAAAUCUUCAAAACGAUCCUUUCUCCUCUACAAACGGGGGUGCGAGAGACCGCGACCUUGCUUUCAACAACCACCCAUCAUUCUUCAAUAGGUUAAAUGAGGGCUUGGGAAACAUUGGGGAGGUUGAGACUCCAACAGCGCAGCCCUCAAAUCCCUCGUCGCACGAAAUGCUUGGUGGGGGCAACAUGAACGCCAUUCCGGAAAAGCCCCCACCAGUUCGCAAGACCCGCGCGACGACUACUGAAAUCACGGCAAGGAAGCUCUCAAGUAGAAACACUCGUGAAAUCUCCGACAACUCGAAGCGCUCAGCGACGACGACGACAGUAUCACAGGAAUCUACAACUACCGCCGCACCAGCACGCAGGAGUACACGGCUGACAAGCAAGUUCACAAGUAAGCUCGGCGUGGGCGCAGAGAGGGAAACGAGGCUAGCAACCAAAGAACGGGAGAGAGAAGCUAAAAAGAUGAAGUCGACCGGAAGCCGUAGCAGAAGCUUGCACAUCAGCAGUGGGACCGCCGCUGCCGCCGCGGCAAAGGAGCGGGAGAAGGAGAGAGACAAAGGAGGGAACAGCGAAGAUGUUAAUGUUCGUAACGGCUCCUCCACCACUACUACUGUCUCAAUUGAAUUCACAGAGUCUCCUGAGUCCAAGCGGGCUACAAGAGCUACCACCGCAACAAUUGCCUCAAAAAGGAAACAAAUGGCAUCAGCGGAUCCGUCACUAACGAGAAUACGCAAAAAACAGAUGACCGAUGCCGCGGCCGCACAGAAACCAGUUGCCGCCGCCCCGACGGUGACGUUAAAACCGUUGACUGAUUCGAAGAAGGAGGAGGCGAUGUACUAUGUGUUGGAUCUGUUUAAGAAGUUGGGGACUGGCUAUUUCAGCCUCAGUAGAUUCCAUUGUAAAGAUGCGCUGCAGAUGUUCAGUACACUGCCGACGAGUCAGAAGGAGACGCCUUGGGUACAGAGUGCAAUUGGGAGAGCUCAAUAUGAGAUGGCUAAUUACGCCGAUGCUGAACGAAGUUUCUUGAAAGUACGACAACUCGACCCUGUGCGGACGAAAGAUAUGGAGGUGUUCUCCACGAUCCUUUGGCACCAGCGGAAAGAUGUCGAGCUAUCAUACCUUGCCCACGAAUUAGUUGAGCUUGACCGGCUCUCUCCCGAGUCAUGGUGCGCACUUGGGAACUGCUUUUCUUUACAACGGGAUCACGAUCAAGCUUUAAAAUGUUUCAAACGCGCUACACAACUCAACCCCAAACUUGCAUACGCUUUUACCCUCCAAGGGCACGAACAUGUUUCAAACGAAGAAUAUGAAAAGGCACUUUCGUCUUACCGCUCUGCCAUUGCCGCCGACUCGCGUCACUACAACGCCUGGUAUGGUCUUGGCAAGGUAUUUGAGAAGAUGGGCAAGUAUGAUAUCGCGGAGAAGCAUUUCCGCACCGCGACCAAGAUAAACCCUACCAACGCCGUCCUUGUAUGUUGCGUCGGUAUGGUGCUUGAGAAGACUAAGGAUUAUACGGGGGCAUUGGAGCAGUAUAAGAUUGCGUGCGAGAUGGCGCCUGGGAGUGCCCUCAGUAGGUUCAAAAAGGCGCGAACACUCAUGAGCCUCAAGAUGUACCCCUCGGCUCUGAACGAGCUGAAGAUAUUGAAGGAUAUUGCGCCUGAUGAGGCGAAUGUACACUUUUUGUUGGGAAAGCUGUAUAAGCUGCUGAAGGAUAAAAAGAAUGCAAUUAAGCACUUUACAGAUGCAAUGAAUCUGGAUCCCAAGGCCGGGCAUCUUAUUAAAGACGCGAUCGAAAACCUCGAUGAUGACGAUGACUCCUAUUCAGCUGAGGAUCCGGAGGUCAACCGGUUCCUUGAUCAUUAA